CCCGAACCGGCUCUAACAAAAAACCCUAAACGGUAAUAUUCAUCCUGAAAGAGUUCCUAAUUUUCUUCAUUAGUAUUAUCUUUCUAUGGCGAACCCAAAGGUUUUCUUUGAUAUGACCGUCGGCGGUCAGCCUGCUGGCAGGAUCGUGAUAGAGCUAUACGCCGAUGUCGUUCCUCGCACCGCUGACAACUUCCGUGCUCUUUGCACCGGAGAGAAAGGCGUUGGCAAGAGCGGGAAGCCCCUCCACUACAAGGGCUCUUCCUUCCACCGUGUGAUUCCCGGCUUCAUGUGCCAGGGAGGAGACUUCACCGCCGGAAAUGGCACCGGAGGCGAGUCGAUCUACGGAGCGAAAUUCGCGGACGAGAACUUCGUGAAGAAGCACACUGGUCCUGGUGUGCUUUCCAUGGCUAAUGCUGGUCCCGGAACCAAUGGAUCUCAGUUCUUCAUUUGUACUGCUAAGACCGAGUGGCUUGAUGGGAAGCACGUGGUGUUUGGUAACGUUGUGGAGGGUCUGGAUGUGGUGAAGGCCAUCGAAAAGGUAGGUUCCAGCUCCGGGAGGACCUCGAAGCCUGUUGUGAUCGCCGAUUGCGGGCAGCUUUCUUAAGUGAUCUGCGAUCGCAGAUGAUGAUAACCGCGGCGGUGAUGGUGGUGGUGAUGGUGUAUCCCUACAUGUGGUAGUAAAUUAGGAUCUGGUGUGCGUACAGGGUUGGGGUCAUCAGUACUUCUUACCCUUUUUUUAGAAUCUUUUUUUUUUUUUUUAUCAUUUUUCUAUGUUGAUGGGUUGAGAACCACACCAUAAAUAAGAUAAGGCUUCUUUUCUCUUUUA